AUGAUGUUUAGAUCUAGAGUUGAAGAUAAUGAUGUUUGUGGUGUUUUAUAUUCUUCAGAUUCAAAUUAUUCAAAAUCAACAAUUUCAGAAACGCCAAUUGCAAUUACUUUAUUAAAUAGAAAAAGAAAUGACAAAUGGGAUAUCAGUUGGGAUUUGAGUCCACCAAAUACUACAGAAUUGGAAUCGAUAUUAGGGGAAUACAAAAGUGAAGGUGGUAUUAAUGCUUCUUAUUUAUCUACAUUAUCAUCAUUUCAAAAUAUUAUAACAUUAAUUAAAAAUAAACACAAUAUAUAA